UGUCAGUUUAUCAAUUGUAAAAGCUAAUAUUUAUAAACAUUUGCUAAAGGACAUUGUUAUAAAACUUAAAUAUUGUGAUUAAUAAUUGUUCGUAAGUGUGUUUACUAUGUUAUAUAGUUUAGUUGGUUCGAAAUAAGUCGGAGGCUUGGACGUUAAAAAUUUAUAAUGCAGCGUGGCCUCCGCAUUGGCGGCGGCGGCAGCACGGAUUCCAACUCGUUGGUGGGAUUCAGGUCGCGACCAUACGAUGGCAAGAUUGCCGGUCUGUACGAUCUGGAGGAGACUCUGGGACGGGGACACUUCGCCGUCGUCAAAUUGGCGCGACAUGUAUUCACCGGCGAAAAGGUAGCCGUUAAGGUCAUCGACAAGAGCAAACUGGAUGAGGUGUCGAAGGCUCAUCUAUUUCAAGAGGUUCGUUGUAUGAAGCUGGUUCAACAUCCGAAUGUCGUAAGAUUGUACGAAGUAAUCGACACCGCCACUAAAUUGUACUUAAUUUUGGAAUUGGGUGAUGGUGGCGACUUAUAUGAAUACAUCAUACGACAUGAUAGUGGAUUACCUGAAGAAAUGGCCAAAGAAUACUUUAAACAAAUUGUAAAGGCAAUAUCGUAUUGUCACCAGUUGCAUGUUGUGCACAGGGAUUUGAAGCCGGAGAACGUGGUGUUCUUCAAGAAACUUGGUAUAGUUAAAUUGACUGAUUUUGGAUUUAGUAACAAAUUUUAUCCAGGCCAAAAAUUAGAAACGUCUUGUGGUAGUUUAGCUUAUUCAGCACCAGAGAUCCUUUUAGGAGACUCAUAUGAUGCACCUGCCGUUGAUGUGUGGUCUUUGGGUGUAAUUUUAUAUAUGUUAGUAUGUGGCCAACCUCCAUUUCAAGAAGCAAACGAUUCUGAAACUUUAACCAUGAUUAUGGAUUGUAAAUACAGCGUUCCUCCACAUGUCUCUAAAGAGUGUAAAGACUUAAUUGCUCGUAUGCUUAUCAGAAACCCCGAAAAAAGGGCCACGCUACCCGAAAUUGCCAGCCACCCUUGGCUGGGUGUUAGUACUCAAGAAAAUCCUUCAGACGUUCAGCCCCUGGUCUGCAGAGAACAACUCUGCGAAGAAGAUCACAAUUUGAUUGUACAAAAAAUAGUAAAUGGAAAUAUUGCAACUAAAGAAGAAAUUCAAGAAUCUCUAGACCGAAAUGACUACAAUCACAUAACGGCAACCUAUUACUUAUUAGCAGAAAGAAAGCUUAGAUCUAAAAGACAGGAACUUAAUGUUAAAAACAGAAGACCGGAGUUUCUUGCCGUGCCUCAAGCUUCACCUGCCCAGAAAAAGGACAACGGUACUACUCCAAAUUCAUCUCUGUUAAGUGUGCCAAGGACCCCAGGAGACUUGCCGCAGAGAUCCCGAAAGUGUAGCAUAGUACAAGAAGAUGAAGAAGAGGAGGAUAUUUCCAGUUGUUCAGGAAGGGAGGAUCUAGGGCCCCCAUUAAAUCGCAGAGGUUCUAGAUCUGAAGGUAGACUCAACUUGGCAUUGCAAGAAAGACUUGCUGAAUGUGACAGAAGAAAAUUGACGACUGAGAAUGAAAAAGUUGAUGCAAUAAAACACACGAAAGAAAAACCUUGUGUUAACACACAAAAGUGUCCAAUGGGAAAAAGCAAUAGUAUGAUAGAAUCUCCGUUACAAAAUAAACUGAUAAAAGACAUGUCUACCAAGGGUAUCGCGACCACCACCAUAAUAACUGAUAGUUCAACAAUAUCUAUACCCAUUAUCACCAGCAACACCGGCUCCACUCAAAGUAAUCUGGUACCGAAAUAUAAAACAAUGCCAUCGCCCACUCGACCGACUUUCUCAACACCGGGAUCAAACGCACAACUAAACGAAAUAUUCGAGGAAGAUUGCAACGAGAAUUCCCGCGUCUCGUCCAGGCAAUUCGUCAGUCGCAAUCAGAACAGAACUCCCUACGAACAGAGGCGAUCAAAAUUUCAUAAAUCGAGAACGGCCUCGUGCAGUUCGUCGGAUGCGAGCGACGACGAUAGUGAAAAACGGAAAAAGAGGGCACACAAAUUGAACACUUCCUCCAAACCCUUCCAAGGCCGUCGAGACAGUCACGACGACAGCAGUGACUCUCAAGAGCCGGGCACCGGUUGCGGAACUGGUGGUACCAACAGCACCAUCAAAAGUAACACGUUGACCGUUCAGUCUAACACUCAUCACACCUCACAGGACAGCAAUAAGAAUGGGGGCAACAAUGGAAAUACGGGGGGUAGGAAAAACUCCUCAAAUACAAGUGCAAUGUUUGGUAGGAGGCAUAAAGGUAGUAGACGUAGGAAUGGGGAAACUCGGCUAAGGGAGAGUCAGUCUUUGAACAGAAUAACUGAAGUACAGGAAGAUGGGGCUCAUUCUCUUGUAAUUAGUACUGCUGCCGUCGGAGUUCAAGGCAAUGUGACACCCAGAGUGAAGGGAAUUGGCGCUAAACUUUUGCAGGGUAUAAAUUUAUCCGUAAAAAAAUCGAAUGAAGAUAAAUGUUCGAAGGGCGAAGAUAAAUCUUCUCACGUUUCUCGACGGGACACUAUCCGUACUGUAGCUUUGCAGUCUAUCGAUUUUGACAAAAUAUCUAAAGACCCCAAAACUAACUACCAGUCUGUAUUAAGCGAUAAAUCAAACAUUAAAAAAAUAAGAAUACUGGGUAAAUAUUUCCAAGUACAUAAAAAGCUUUGCAUACCUAUACCGGGCAUAUUUAACCGAAAUCGACUAUAUAAAACUCAGUCGUGUAGUUCAUUGUCAGCAGACAAGAUCGCAAUGAAUUCAGAGACACUGAGAUGUCGUCAAAGAGCCGUAAGUGUAGUAAGGAACAGUAUAGGUAGUGAGGGUGAUAUAAAUCAAAAUCACAAUGAUCACAGAAGGAAAUCUACUGUAGUACAAUUAAAUAACGUGUGUAACGAGCUGACUGGAAUUUGUGCUACGCAUUUAGGGCAAGCGUCAAAAUGUUGCAGUUUCUGUUAAUUUUUAAUUUAAUCAUUAAACCAAAGUUAUAUAAGUUGAAAAGCUCAAGCUCAUGACAUAUAGCCAAAGCAAGUUUAUAAGUUUUGUUUUCUUUAUAUUUUAAUGUACAUAUUUAAGUUAAGUUUAUUGUAUGCUAACCUACGCUAAUCAAAAAUAAUCUGUUGAAUUAAACAAGGUCUAUAUGCUAUCAUUAUAGUGUAUAAUAAUAUUACUAUUGAAAUUUCAAGCUUGUAGCUAUCGCUGGUCGGUAGAACUACAGUUUACCUACAUGUGUACUGGUUAUAUUAUUCCAUUUGCUGUAAUGUAUUCUGUAAUAAUUAUGAUACAGUUUGUUAAUGCUAUGGAUAGUUAUAUUAAUAAUUAACACCACCCAUCAUAGUACUUGUUAUUCAAGGGGUAUUAAUGCCAAUGGUAGGAUAAUAUAUGUUUUUAGAUUCUCACAAAGUGAAAAACUAUAAUAAUUAAUAUCAUUAAUAUAUGCACAUAUCUUUAUUUUAUUUUACAACACUUCUGAAAUUCCGCGUUUGAAAUAUCAUGAUAAAUAUAAAUAAGGCUUUUGGUAACUGCAAUUAAUACCUCUUGCCUUACAUUUCUUGUUCCUAACCAAUUGAUCAAAUAUGAUGUUAAAUGUUAACUCUCCCUGAAUAUGUGAAAUUAACUCAGUGUUUAUUGUGUAGGAAAUAUUUUGUAUAUAUUAAUGUACUACUAUCUGUUUACUGUGCAAUAGAUUUAGGUCUUCCAGACUGAAUGCUAAAAGGAACUUAAAGUUUACAUAAUAUUUAAAGUGUCAAAAUGUCACCCAUUAUGUUAAAAGUUAAAUGGUGAAUUAUUUUCUUAUACAUAUAUUACUUUCUACUCAGAAUUUUAAUAAAACAUGUAUAAUGUAAGAACAUUUAUAAAAUUCGGUUUGAGAAAAAAUGUAUGAAGUAAGAGAGUAUAUACUAACAGAGUUUAAUAAUUUUUGUAUUAAAUACAUUAAAUGGUAAAGCUAGAGCGAAUUAAAUGUUGUUUUUUAGAAUUGAUCUUAACAAGACUGAUUAAGUAGUGAUGAUAGAAAUAUGCAUUUAAAUUGAACUCUAGCUUAAUUAUUUAUUAUUUUAAAAUGCAAAUUAUUUCGUAAUACUUAUUUAAUUAUAUUUUUAGAUAUUUUAAAUAAAAUCUACUUUUACUGAAAUACAUUAUUUCCAAACUGAAUUUCAUCUAAAAUUAUUUCAUUCCAUAUAAUUAUCAAAGAAGAAUUUUGUAUUCAUUCUUCAUUCCCUUAACGCUUUCAACAAAUAGUUUCAACUAGACUGACCCAAAUCUGAAUUCGUUACAUUUAAUCUAUAUAGGUAAAUUUAUAUUAUUGAAUAUUAAAGGUAUUGGAUACUUCAUAUUGUAUGUGCUAUGCACAGAUACGGUUUUCUUGUUAUUUUCUUAUGAGUAAGUUGAGUUUAUAUUAUAUCUUAUUUAUUAUAUUUAAUGUUUUCAAACACUACAUACUUAUCUGACACGUUUUGUGUGCCUUUGAUUUGCGUGUAAUUACUUGAUGUCAAGCUGGUCUUGUCGUUAGUACAGAUGACUCUGGGCACAUAUUAGUGCAUGUAAUAAUAAAUAUCUAUUUAACAAUGAAAUU